GGAGAAGCAGCGACAGCAUCAUCAGCAGCAGCAUCGCUGUCUGCCUCCCCCAGUUACUACCAUCACUACCACUACUACCAGCACCAGUCUGCAUCCAGCUUUCAGACUAUACACACCCUAAGCGAACAAAAGAGAAGGUUGGAGGGAUUUUUUGGGGGGGUUUUUUGGCAAGGGGUCAGAAACUGAAGCAUGGAGGAGGAGAGGCGUGGAGGUGCGGCUGCAAGAUGCGUGCUGUCUGACGGGCGCCCAGCGACCAUGAUGCCGCUGCUGUGAGAGCCUCCCGUGAGCAGGCAGCUGCGCACCCAGCCGCCCUCUUCCCCUCCCUCCCCUCUCCCCUCCUUUCCUGUCCUCUCCUCUCGCCAGGAUUGCCGAUCAGCACUCACUUGAACGCGGCGACUCAGAACCACCACCACCACCACUGGCGUCCUGCACUGGAGCUUGACACAAACAGGGGGAUUUCAUUAACUGGAUGUAAACACAAUACCCAGUUGCAUCACUGUAUCGUUCUAGCGAAAAGUGGUCCCCUCUUCAGAAGAAAAAUCGGAUAGUCCUCACAGUCCCAGAGCUCUCUUCUAAAUGUACUCCUUCUGUUGUUAACGCUAAAGAGUCUUCAGGGUUCCCAUCCAUGGUUUCUACCCUAAUCAAGAUUAUAUCAGCUUACAUUGAAAAGAUUUGCAAAGGAAUGUUUACAAAGAAAUUGGCAAACCCAAUCAAGAAGAAAGAAAGAAGUAAAAAUAAAGAGCCAACAAAAUUGACCACUGACCUGCAAGCACUCAAUCCAACUCUGUCUCACACAGUGAAGACCACUGUUAAAAAGAUCUCCAAAUGCUCCUCAGCACGUAACGUAUCACUGGAAGACGACGACGGCAAGAACGACUGCUCGUCCCUGUCACCCACUUUCAGUUAUCGCGUGGCCAUUGCAAAUGGACUCCCUAAAACCGCCCCUUUUUUGAAUAACAACAAUGAGAGCAUAUUUCCCGAGGUUCUUUCAAUCGACAGUAGCUACUCCGACACACUGAGCGACGCAAAGCCUAUCCGGAGACUGGAUGAGCAUAAAUCGCACACUAUGCCAGUAAGACGGAACCGGAAGAGCCUCAUCAGUUUGGCUCCCUCCGACGGGAGCUCUGAGGGUGAACGAGUGGAACGCUCCAGUCUGCACACUCUCCGGCUGGGUGCUCUUCGUAAAUUGAGGAAAUGGAAAAAGAGUCAGGAAUGCGUCUCCUCGGACUCCGAGGUGAGCAACUGGAGGAAGACGCUCGGCAUCAGGAGCAAGUCCUUGGACCGUGCGGGACGGCAGCAGAAGAGCUCCACUCUGGAACCCGGCUCCUCCUCCACAGGAUGCAUCAGUCAGACACAGGAUGUCAUGGAGAUGAUCUUCAAGGAACUUCAGGGCAUCAGCCAGAUAGAGACGGAACUGUCCGAGCUACGUGGUCACGUCAAUGCCCUGAAGAGCUCGAUUGACGAGAUCUCAAGCAGUGUGGAAGUUGUACAGAGCGAGAUUGAGCAACUUCGCUCUGGAUUUGUCCAGUCAAGGAGGGAAACACGUGACAUCCAUGACUAUAUAAAACAAAUAAGCCACCAGGCCAAUAAUUCAACUCUGCGUUUCCUCAAUGUUCCUGAAGAAAGGUCAGAGAAAACAGAACAUCUUAUAUGUAAAUUACUUAAAGACAAAAUGGGUCUCGCCGAUGCCCAUAAAACUAUUAAAAUCGAGCUCGCUCACAGGUUAGGACAACAACGAGAAUGUUCAAAUGCAAAACCUCGUCCUAUUAUAGUUAUAUUUGCAACACCUCAAGAUAGGGAUUUAGUCUUGAAAAAAUGCUAUAAACUUAAAGGAACUGGAAUCACAGUUUCCACCGACAGCUUAACUCGGGAAGGGAAAGAGCGAAAGGACAAAGCAUUGGCCUCAUCACAAACCUAUGAAAGUAUGGAUAUUAAGGUAUCAGGGAAAGAUAAAGUAGUAGAGAGUGAUGACUGGGAUUCCAUGGACAGUGACAAGGAAUUAGAUGAGCUAAGCAGAAACAAAUAUGCAAUGGUCAUUUCAAAGCCUGCUCACAAGAGCAAAUCAGAGAAACGGCGAUCCCACGACCACAGCCGGUCAGGGGAAGAAGCGGGCUACUCAGGUGCAGUACACUAUGCCGAUGACUCAUACUAUGACCCCGACAAACAUGGGAAGGCUUACUACUCUGAUGUGACCUCCGGUUGGCUCUCUCAGAGUGACUAUUCCACGCCGAAACUCAGCCGGUCAGAAUCAGACUGCUCAAAACUUUGCCAGUCAUACACGGAGGACUUUUCAGAGAGCCAGUACUUUACACGGACCAAUGGUUGCUCCCUGUUAUCUUCCUCAGAUCAGGAACUGUGGCAGAGGAAACAAGAGGACAUGGCAUCCUCUUGGUAUGCUAGCCCAAGUCACCCACUCAGCCACGAGAAUCAACCUUAUGAGCACAAUGAGAUUGAGACGACAGAGACUGCUGACAGUGGGGUGAGCAAUGGACUUGUCUGCAUGUCUGGCGAGAGAAGCCACUACAGUGGCUCCCAAAUUUCUCUGCAACCCGACCUGUCACCUUGGAAAGACUGGCAUCAUAUAGAGCAAGGAGCCGAUUCAGGCUUGGAAGUUUCCGUAGAGGUCAGCAGUCCAUUUGACCCAUCCACCAUCCCGGGUUUUCCAGAGAAUAUCACUAAAUGCCAAGAAGUUGAUUUACAAUUUGAAGGGGAGGAGGAAUUCAUGAGGCUUGACAGAGAAUCCUCCCUGCCACCAAUAACCACCCACAUUAUUACUCCUAUUGCAGAGCGUGAGUCCACCAAAGCUCAUGUGCGGCAGUCUAAAGGGAGUUCGAAAGGGGUAACAAAUGAAAGUGCAAAAGUAUCAUAUAAAGAUACCUCGAAAGCAACAGCUAAAACUACAAAUAAACAAACUAAAAUUGGGUCGAAAGACGAACCCCCCAAAAUAAAGGAAAAGGACAUUUCAAAAGUAUCUGGAAAGAUUGCACCGAAAGUGACAUCGAAUGCCUCUACAAAAGAGCCUAUGAAAGAGAAGAAAUCAGCAGCUAAAGAGAUCCCUCAAGCCCUCCCCAAAGACAGCCCAAAACCUACAACUAAAUAUGCCACAAAGCCUGCCGUAGAAGAUGUAGAUAAAGUAGCACCUAAGGUCAUUUGCAGCGAGACAGUUAAAGUUAACAAAGCAGCCCCAAACAUUUCCCAGGCAUUGACACCGAAACAAAGUCCAAGAGAGUCACCGAAAGAGAGCCCUAAAAUCACCCCGAUAAUGAGCCCAGCUUCAACUCCCAAGGAGUCCCCAAAAGAGUCCCCUAAAGAAUUCCUGAAACAGUCCCCUAUAGUCAGUGUUAAAGAGCCCCUACAAGGCACACAGAAAGUUGCUGCUAAGGAGGUUACCAAAGAAGCUGCAAAGAUACUCCCAAAAGACAUGCCUAAAGUACAGAAUAAGGAGAGCAACAACAAUAAAGUACCCCCUAGAAGAGAUUCUUUUAUUCCAAUCAAAGAAGCACCAGUACCAACAGAGACUCCUAACGUGCCUGUCAAAGAAUCCCCUAAAGCAUCUCCAAGUCAACCACCUCAAGUAGUCUCUCCAGAUGCCCUAAACGUGGUUGCUAAAGAUGCCCCCAAGCAAGCCUCGAAAGCAGUCCCAAAGGAAAAAUUUCCUGAAAUCAAUGUCAAUCACAACUUUCACCAAACCCAAAGUAAAUCCACAACUAUGUACCGCAGUCAGAGUGAGAUUCGAACAGAGAAGGUCGAGGAGGUACCCAAGUCAUGGAGCAGCAGGCUCAGCAUAGACCUCACCGAGAAGUCUUUUGGUUUUGGCUUUGGUUCUACACUGCAAAGGGCUAAAUCAGCUCUGGAGGUCGUGUGGAAGUCUGGCCCUCAGACUAUUCCUGCACCUCCUGAAGAACCCCCAAACUCUUCUUCGUCAUUCAUGGGGCGUUUCCGCACACUCUCCACCUCCAACUCGCCCUCUACAGCAGAUCCGGCUGCUUACACAGAACCCGUUUACUACAAAGUGGAGGAGGAAAAAAAAGACGCAAAGGCAGAAGCUGUUGAACAAUCAGAGGACAGCGAGACCCGCUAUGUUGAGGUGAUGGAACAGGUUCUGGCUAAUUUGGAGAACAGGACUAAUGUUAAUGAAACUGAAGACCUUAUUCAGGAAUGCGAGCCUUCUCAGGAAAACAAUGCAUUCGAGGAUGUCCAGGCCUCUCAAGUCAAUGACGUCCCUCUAGAUUUUGAAACGCCAGAAGAUUUCAGCGCCACAAGAGACAAUGACGCAAGCCAAGAGGCACAUGUCUUAGAGUACGACUGUGGCUUGGAUGAGCAGUACGAUGAGGAGUACAGCGAGGAGUACGAAACCAACGUGACCGAGGACACGGCCGAGUAUGACGCGAUGGUGGAGUAUUUGGAUGUCGAGGAACCCGACGAGACAGAGGACAAUGACAUAACCGAGGAGAUGGAAGAGGGCGACGAGGAUAUCGAGGAGAUUGAGGAGAUGGUCGAGGAGACCGCCGACGUGUCUGAGAAAGCGGAGGGACGUGAGGAGGAUGAAAACGUGGGGGAGGAGAAGCCCGCAGAAGCACCACCAAAGAAGCGCGUACGACCUACAUUUAAAGAGGCUGCUCUGAGGGCAUACCGGAAACAGAUGGCUGAACUGGAGCAACAGAUCCUGGCAGGAGACUGCAGUGCUUUGGAUACUCAGCCUCGCAGCAUUUUGGACCCCAAAGUGCUCGGCUUGCAGUCUGGAGGGACCGGCAGUAUUCUUUACGGCAUUGACAGCAUGCCGGAUUUACGCCGCAAGAGGACAGUGCCUCUUGUCAGAGACCUGACCCUCACUGCUCGAAAGGCAGGCAUCUCGUUCGCUCUGGUGAACCGCUCCACCCUAAAUAACGAGGAUUUGAAACUUCACGUCUUCAAGAAGACCCUCCAGGCCUUAAUAUACCCAAUUUCUUCCACAACGCCACACAACUUCGAGGUGUGGACGGCGACUGCGCCCACUUACUGCCAUGAAUGCGAGGGGCUCCUGUGGGGCAUUGCCCGCCAAGGCAUGCGCUGCUCUGAGUGUGGCGUCAAAUGCCACGAGAAGUGCCAAGACCUGCUCAACGCAGACUGUUUGCAGAGGGCAGUGGAAAAGAGCUCCAAGCAUGGGGCGGAGGACAAGACCCAGAACAUCAUCAUGGCCAUGAAGGAGCGAAUGAAGAUCCGGGAGAAGAACAGGCCCGAGGUGUUUGAGGUGAUCCAGGAGAUGUUCGACAUCUCCAAGGAGGACUUUGCCAGCCAUCUCAAGACAGCCAAGCAGGCAGUGCUGGACGGCACCUCCAAAUGGUCUGCUAAAAUCAGCAUCACUGUCAUGAGUGCUCAAGGGCUCCAGGCCAAGGAUAAAACGGGCUCCAGCGACCCGUACGUCACCGUCCAAGUGGGAAAGACCAAGCGUCGGACAAAGACCAUCUUUGGCAACCUCAAUCCGGUCUGGGACGAGAGGUUUUACUUCGAAUGUCACAACGCCACGGAUCGCAUCAAGGUGCGCGUGUGGGACGAGGAUGACGACAUCAAGUCGCGGGUGAAGCAGCAUUUCAAGCGGGAGUCAGACGACUUCCUGGGCCAGACCAUCAUCGAGGUCCGCACGCUCAGUGGGGAAAUGGAUGUUUGGUACAAUCUAGAUAAGAGGACAGACAAGUCCGCCGUAUCCGGUGCCAUCAGACUCAAGAUCAGCGUGGAGAUGAAGGGGGAGGAAAACGUGGUGCCACCUCACGGCCAGUACACCUGUUUACAUGAGAACCUGUUUCACUACUUGACUGAGGGCAGGAACAACGGCGUGGUGAAGAUCCCGCAGGUGAAAGGUGAAGAAGCGUGGAAGGUCUACUACGACGAUGUGUCCCAGGAGAUAGUGGACGAGUUUGCCAUGAGAUAUGGAGUGGAGUCCAUCUAUCAGGCCAUGACGCAUUUCUCCUGCCUGUCUGCCAAAUACAUGUGUCCCAGUGUGCCUGCGGUGAUGAGUAACUUGCUUGCGAACAUCAACGCCUACUUCGCCCACACUACCACCACCACCACAACCACCGCCUCCGCUUCAGACCGAUUUGCCGCCUCCAACUUCGGGAGGGAGAAAUUUGUGAAAUUACUGGAUCAGCUGCACAACUCGUUGAGGAUCGAUCUGUCCAAAUAUCGGGACAAUUUCCCUGCUGGAAACCAAGAGCGUCUGCAUGAUUUGAAGUCAACCGUUGAUCUUCUGACAAGCAUCACGUUCUUCAGGAUGAAGGUCCAAGAGCUUCAGAGUCCGCCCAGAGCCAGCCAGGUGGUGAAGGACUGUGUGAAAGCCUGCCUGGAUUCCACAUACAAAUACAUUUUCGAUAAUUGUCACGAGCUGUACAAUCAGCUGCUGGACCAGAGCCGAAAGCAGGACAUCCCACGGGAGGAGCAGGGACCGUCCAUCAAGAACCUGGACUUUUGGCCAAAACUCAUCACCCUCAUGGUAUCGGUCAUCGACGAGGACCGGACGGGCUACACGCCCGUCAUCAACCAGUUUCCGCAGGAGCUGAAUGUGGGCAAGAUCAGCGCGGAGAUCACAUGGAACCUCUUUGCCCUGGACAUGAAGUACGCCAUGGAAGAGCACGAUAAGCACCGCUUAUGCAAAAGCACUGAAUACAUGAAUCUUCACUUCAAAGUCAAAUGGUUCCAUAAUGAGUACGUGCGCGAAUUGCCAGCCUUCAAGGGGGUUCCGCCAGAGUAUUCUCUGUGGUUCGAGCCAUUUGUCAUUCAGUGGCUCGAUGAGAAUGAGGAUGUGGCCAUGGAUUUUCUCAAUGGCGCUCUGGAAAGGGACAAGAAAGAUGGCUUCCAGCAGACGUCCGACCAUGCCCUCUUCUCCUGUUCGGUGGUGGAUGUGUUCACGCAACUCAACCAGAGCUUUGAGAUCAUCAAGAAGCUGGAGUGUCCGAACCCCCAGGCUCUGGCUCACUUCAUGUGCCGCUUUGCCAAGACCAUCAAUAAGGUUCUUCUUCAGUAUGCCGCAAUCAUUUCCAAGGACUUCCCUUUGUAUUUGAACAAGGAGAAUGUGCCCUGCAUUCUUCUCAACAACAUUCAGCAACUCAGAGUCCAGUUGGAGAAGAUGUUCGAGUCCAUGGGAGGCAAACAGGAGGAGGGGGUUGUGUCCUUCUGUAAGCUGGAUGCAGAGGCCAGUGAUCUGCUCAAGGAGCUGCAGAACAAACUCAACACCGUGUUGGAUGAGCUCAGCAGCGUCUUGGGCUCCAGUUUCAAACCAGUGAUCGAGGACUGCGUGAAACAGAUGAACCAGGAGCUGGUCCAGAUGAAAGGUUCGGCCAAGGGAAGUAAUGCUGCCAUGGAUGCAGAGACUGUCCUCCGGCCUCUUAUGGACCUCCUGGAUAAAAAUUUGAUGUUAUUUGCCAAGAUUUGCGAGAAAACGGUGCUGAAACGAGUUCUCAAGGAGCUUUGGAAGAUCGUUCUGAACACCAUCGAGAGGACCAUCGUUUUGCCGCCACUGAGCGACCAGAGCCAGCAAGGAGCUCAGAUGAUCUUCAACGCGGCAAAGGAUUUGGGACAAUUGUCCAAGUUGAAGGAGCACGUCAUCCGUGAGGAAGCCAGGAGUCUGACUCCACGUCAGUGUGCGGCCAUGGACCUCGUGCUUCCCACUAUCAAGCAAUAUUUCCAUGCUGGAGGAAAUGGGCUAAAGAAGACCUUCCUGGAGAAGAGCCCUGAUAUGAAGUCCCUCAAAUAUGCUCUUAGCCUUUACACUCAACCUACAGAUGCCUUGAUCAAGAAAUAUAUAUGCACCCAAACCUCUCAAGCUAAGUCAAGCAACGGCUCGGUGGGCGAGGUGUCCAUACAAGUGAACCUCAUCUCUCACCCUGGCACCGGGGAGCACAAAGUCAGCGUGAAGGUUGUCGGCGUGAACAACCUCCAGUGGCAGACCACCGCCAUGUUCCGGCCGUUCGUCGAGGUCAACGCCGUCGGGCCGCACCUCGCUGACAAGAAACGCAAAUUCAGCACCAAGACCAAGAACAACAAUUGGUCACCAAAGUACAACGAAACAUUCCAAUAUGUCUUGAGCAACGAGCACGGCCCGGAGGCGUACGAGCUGCACGUGUCGGUGAAGGACUACUGCUUCGCCCGCGAGGACCGCAUCAUCGGCAUGACCGUCAUCCAGCUGCGCGAGCUGGCCGACUCGGGCAGCUGCGCCGCCUGCUACCCGUUGGUGAAGAGCAUCGACAUGGACGAGACGGGCCUCACCAUCAUGCGGAUACUCUCGCAAAGGACCAACGAUGAGGUGGCCAAAGAGUUUGUGCGUCUCAAGACGGACACACGCUCGGCGGAGGAAGUCUCCUAAUGCGAAAAAAAAAUAAAAAAAUGGAGUAUUCCUUCCGAGUGGUGUUGUCUUAAAGAUGACAAUGAUUGGAUGGUUGUUCUACUUGAGAUGAGCCAAAGCACGAAGUGAGCGAGGGAGUUGUGUUUGUUUGUUUGAUUGUUUGUUUGUUUGUUUUUGUGCAUGUGCGUAAGAAAAAACAUCUGUUGGAAUGUUCAUUUGAAUACUACAAGUACGUACAAGUGUUUACUGACCAUAUGCUUAUUAUUAAGUACUAUAUUCUACAGGUUACGUUCAAGCAAACACGGGAAAAAACUUUUUUACCACUUAGUCUUUUUUGAACUGAGAUUUGUUCCAAUGAAGUGCCAAACCAGUGGAGUUAAAACACAAACUAAACUAAACAAAAAAGAACAACACAUAAAGGAAUUAUGCUGAUGAACUUAGUAUGUUGGAAAAUUUGCUCGAUUAUCCAGUGUAAGUCAAUUUCUGACUGUGUGGCGUUCUGAUUGUUGCACUCUUCAUUUUUUAUUUUUUUUUUUUAACAUUUUGCCACCCAGCAUUGGUGGUGUUCCUUUUUUAAAUUAUUUAUUUUUUGCUACCCAGCCCCAUUGUAGUUAUUUGUUAUUGAUUCAUUUCUACAACAAUUUUUGUCACUCAGCUUUGUUGUUUAUUUAUUUAUUUUGUUAUGCAUUUAUUUUGUUUAAUUCUUGUCACCUCGCGCUAUUGUGCCCUUUUUUUGUUUAUUUUUUCCAAAUGUAUUAUUUUUUUGCCCCAAAAACUGUUGUGGAGUCUCUCUUUUUUCUCUCGCUCUGAGCCACCCAACACUGUUACGCAGUACCUUGUUAAAAAAAAAAAAAAAGGCAAAAACAAUUAAUUUUUUGGGUGAUCCAACAUUGUGGUUGAGUCUUUUUUUUUUUUUUAUAUAAUAUUUUUCCCCACCCAACACUGUUGUGGAGUCCUUAGUAUUUUAUUUUAAAAUGUUCUUAUGCUCGCCAACCACCACUGUUGUAAAGUUCCUUGUUUUUUUAAUUAGGUUUUAUUUGUUGGUCACCCAGCACUGUUGCAGUCUGUUUUUCCCCCCCACCCCUUUAAUUGUUCUAAUGUAUUUUUUUUUUGCCACCCAGCAUUGUUGCCCAUCGUUUCCCAGUCACAUCACUCCCCAUGUUCCCACGGUAACCACCUUGCCUUCAAACUCUUUGGAUCGUAAGGCAACCACGAGAAAAUAGUGUUGUUGUUUUUUUUUAUUAUUAUUUUGAAAUGGCGACGACUGCUAUGUAAACCUUCAUAGGUGUUUGUACUUUUAUAAUCAUGACACAUGACAACAGACUCCAGACAGAAUGGAUACUUUUUUUUUUUCUUCCCCUUUUUUGUGUUUAUUUUAAAACGUCAGCUUCCGGCCUUUCUGAAUGACCACUGUGAACAUGAGCUUUGGAAAGCAACCUUACGCCACACCAUUUCAUAUCAUCUUUUCUGAUCUGUUAAGUUCCUGAUAAACUGCCAACAUUGUUUAGAAUCUUUGUACAAAAAAAGCAAUCCAUUCCAUAUAUGGAGUUAUAUAUGUACAUGUGGUCCGAUUGUGCAUAGGGUGGUACCGAGAUUAUUUUUUUUUUUUUAUUUGCCGUGAAGCUGUAAUGAUAGCAAAACAAGAGUUGCACAUGUUCCUUUCAAAAAGAAAAAUUAGAAUCACUCAGCUUCUGUCAUUUUUUUCCAUCAUAAAAAGGAAAGAGUUUAAUUUUAAUUUAACAUUUUGGUAAAUAUGCAACAUUCCUAUGUAUUGCACUGAUGGCAAAUUGUAUGUCAUGUAAAUAUAUUUAGUGAGAUAUUGUACAAAAAGUCUACUUUUCUUCUAUGUGCAUAAAGUAUGUGCAAAUGUG